UUGAGCUAGCUACAGGGAACUUCUUCUCUCGGUGAGUUUCAGCCCGUCGCUGCCGCCAGAUCCGCGACGCCGAUGACGUCGCGCGGCCUCGCCUGACGAAGCCCGCUGGACACGCGAUCUGCACACAGGCGAUCUGCAGAUCCGACUUCCUCCUUCCAGGCGAUCUGCACGCGAUCUGCAGAUCUGCACGCUGCUUGGUGGGGAGCAGGCGAUCUGCACGCAGCCGCUGCCACCGCUGCUCGCCUCCGUCGCCGCUGCUCGCCUCAGCCGCUGAUUGGUGUCUUACCAGGCGUCCGGUGCAGCAUCAGCAGCGUCGUCGGUCGAAGAGUCCCAGCAGCAGCAGCAGCGCGCCGGAGAAAUCGCAGUCACUGCUGCUGCCCGCCUUCUCCGGCCGCGCGUAGCCACGAUCUUUACUCAAGUACAAGCUUCCGGUUUUGUUUGUUGCAGACGCUGCUCGCCCUCUGAUUGAGGCGGGCUGCUGGAUCCGGCGACCGCAAAAGCUUGGUCGGCGGCGCAGAGAGCCGUGGAUCUUGAUUCUUGGGAUCUCUUUCCGGUCAGCCACCGCCUCCAAAGACCGGCGAAGAGCAUCAGCAGCGUAGGCUUACUGGUCGAAGAGAUCCAGCACCAGCAGCAGCGCGCCGAUUGAAGAUCAAGACGAUUUGUUGAAGUCGCUGCUCGCCCUCAGAUUGAGGCGGGCUGCUGGAUCCGGCGACCGCAAAAGAUUGGACGGCGGCGCAGAGAGGGUUGCCCGAUCUGGUCUCACUCCGUCUCCGCCUGCGCCGCCCCUUUUGAUGCGUCGGGAAAAUGAAUUUAUUUGCUGAGAUCGCCGGCACGCCGUCGAACGUCCACCAAACGAUGCCGCCAACGUCGCCGAGCAAGUCAUCGAUGCCAACCAUGCAAAUCAACCAACAGAUAAUGGUUGAUAAGGCAGGGCUGAAUCUGCCGCAAGUUUCCAAUAAUUUCUCUAGUCAUAGCCAUGGAGAAUGUCACGAUAAAGAAAAAUUUCCUGCUGAAUCUUCAAAGGGAGUGGCUGAGGAAUCUACGCCGACGUCUUUUGCUGGUAGAACUUUUGGAAAUUCACAGGAUCAUAAAAUCACUACAUCCAAUACUUGGGUUCCGGAUUUGAUCAAAGGAAACAAUACUAAGAAUGCAUCGGCGACGGAGCUUCAUCGGCCGAGCACCACUUCUUUUGCUUCGCUUCUGAGGAGACCACGACAAAUUGAACGUACGCCGGAUGUACUUGUUCAUCGAUUCACUUCGCUGCAACCGGAUUUCUCUGGUGAAAUACCCACGCUGAGGGUGCCAAAAGAGCAUCUGCUGCCCAAGAUAAAUCAAUUCGAGCAUGCUUUAAUUGGUCGUCUUCUUCUUAGGAAAGGAGAGAAGCCGCGUCUUCUCACGGAUCUUAAACGUGAUCUUCAGGUGGCUUGGAAUAUUGACAAUGAUUGGCAAAUCAUCCCCAUGGGAAAGAGCUUCUACACUAUUAAAUUUAAUACCGCUGAAGACAAGGCGUUAGUUCAGAAAAGCACUUCUUGGGAGUUACCUUUCGGAACCAUGCGAUUACGCGAAUGGGUGAAUUUAGUCGAGGGAGAAUGAAAGUAUUGAGCCAAACCUUACCUUGAAGUUGGUAGGAGCAGUGAAGAAAGAUCUUUGUUCUUCUGAAAUUGCUAAGUGAAGGGUGAAGAAUAUGGUGUUCUUGGAUGGAGUCCACUAAGUGUAUUUGGUUUACGUGAGUUGAUGUAGGCUAAGUGGAGGAUUAUUGUAGUGGAAAAAAUUGAGUAGUGGUGGGAAAAAUGAUGAGUGAUGGGGGAAAGUGGUUGGGAAAGAGUGAAUGGUCGGGGUGAAAAAUGAGUGGUCAAAGGUUGAUGGAAAGAAAAAAAAUAGAGAAGAAUUAAUGAUGUAUUUUCUAUGUCUCGGUGAUUCCGUAACUGAAAUAAAA